AAAACAUAUAACAGAUAAGAACAAAAGAAAUUAAGACCGGGUAUCGUACGACGGGUCUCGGAGCACAGAGACAACAUCAUUUCUGGGACAGGUAUGGGUAUACCUCCUCAAAGAGCAGUUUGAAAAAAAAAAAUGUAGGUUGUCCCCUAAAUAUGUCGAAAUGCUCAAUCUAUGUAAGGCCGACUCUGAAUCCGGAAGUAGGGAAGUAUGCAGUAAUAAUAAGCCCUACUCUCCGAGAAAUUGACUCUGUUUGCAAAAAUCUUAAAGUUCUCUUCAAUUUGUACCACCCCAUGAAUUUUCUAAUUUGGAAUUGUAGAGGUUCUACGUCCUUGGAAUUUAGGGAAAACUUUAGGGAACUGCUUCGUUCCCACAAUCCCGCUUUAGUUGUUCUCCUUGAAACUCACAGGGCGGAUCAUCUCUCUAUGCCCCACGAGUUUAACUUCUCCAAUGUGGUUGCUGUCCCAGCUGAGGGACGAGCCGGAGGAAUUGCCAUUUUAUGGCAUGCGAAUCUUUUAAAUGUCAGCACUGUAGCUAUCACGCAUCAAGAGAUUCACUGCAUGAUACAGGCUUUCUGGCUCAUUUUUCUCCCAGGUAGAGUGUGUAGCUUCUUCACAUCAAGCAUUUGGUGUUUCAAUUCUACAGUCUUUGCAGUUAUAAUGGAGCACAACUCCCAAAGCAUAAUUCCAAGAGUAAAAUUGGGUACACAGGGACUUGAGGUCUCCAAACUAGGCUUUGGUUGUUUAGGACUAUCUGGAAUAAUGAAUACUCCUCUGUCACAUGAAGCCGGAUGCUCAAUCAUAAAGGAAGCAUUCAAUAAAGGCAUCACCUUCUUUGACACAUCCGAUUUAUAUGGGCAUGAAGGCGACAAUGAAAUAAUGGUUGGAAAGGCACUGAAGCAGCUUCCCCGUGAGCAAGUCCAACUGGCAACCAAAUUUGGGUUGAUACUUUCUGAAGAUUUCCAGUUUCAUGUCAAAGGCUCUCCAGAAUAUGUACGGAAAUGCUGCGAAGAAAGUCUGAAGCGGCUUGAUGUAGACUACAUUGAUCUAUAUUAUCCUCACAGAAUAGACACAACUGUGCCUAUAGAGAACACUAUGGAGGAACUCAAGAAAUUAGCCGAGGAGGGAAAGAUAAGGUACAUUGGCUUAUCGGAAGCCAGUGUGGACACAAUUAAGAGGGCACAUGCUGUUCAUCCCAUCGCUGCUGUACAAUUGGAGUAUUCUCUUUGGACCCGUGAAAUAGAAGAGGAUGUAAUUCCACUUUGUAGGGAACUGGGAAUUGGAAUUGUUGCAUAUAGUCCCCUUGGCCACGGGUUCUUUGGAGGGAAAGCAGUCACAGAAAGCUUGCCUGAGGGAAGUAUGAUGGCCGCGCUCCCAAGGUUUAAUGAACAGAAUUUGGAGAAGAACAAAGUUCUAUACACACGAUUCGCGAACUUAGCAGCAAAGCAUGGUUGCACACCUCCUCAACUAGCUUUAGCAUGGGUUAUGCAUCAGGGAGACGAUGUAAUUCCAAUACCUGGAACAACAAAGAUCAAGAACCUCAAUGACAAUAUCCAAUCUGUAGGAGUGAAACUUACACCAGAGGAUUUGAAGGAAAUUACUGACACAAUUCCUAUUAGUGAAGUCUUUGGAGAAAGAGACCAUGCAGUAAUAUCCAAGUACGAUUAUCGGUUCGCUAAUACACCAUUAAAGAAUUAAAUCGCCUAAUCUGUGUUUCAAUAACUGGGCUGAUCUUCCUUUGAUGGUGUACCCCUUGUCAAUUAUCCUUUGCCAGGAUAUGGACAUUCCUAAAUUAAGCUUCCACAAGCAUAUCAUGCUAUAAUGUCUUGGACAUUCUCCUUGUAUCAUUUAAUAGUUAUGUUGUUGUCCCAACCAGUACUAUUAAUAUUAUUCUACCAUUACCUUAUUUUAUAUUGUUGUUUCUUUUA